UGAUAGCUCAGCGAUUGUAAACAUUAAAUUGCACAAAACUGAAAACGGCAGCUUUUGUUUGAUUUCUGUGCAAAUUUUCAUCGAAAUUGUGUUUAAAAGUACAAAACAUUGAUCAAAACUAGUUUAUUAAGUAAAAUUACCGAUCAUGGAAGCGGCCGAAUCGGCGGUUUGCCGGCUGUGCCUGCAACCGACGACGAUCGACACGAUGACGGUGCUCAACCAGAACGAACAUCUGGUCAAGUCCAUCCUGGAGAUUACGAGCAUCGAGGCCAUCGUGGCGGCCGAUCUGUUUGUGUACAUGUGCAAUGCCUGCCAGCUGAUGCUGGACCAGUGCAUCCAGUUCCGGACGUCCUGCGUGGGCAACGAUAGUAUUUUUAGAAAGACCUACGCCAAGUAUAUUCCGGUCGAGGAUCAGGAAUAUCUGGGGAUUCACUCGUCACAGGUUUACGUCAAGUUGGAACCGGACCACGAAGAUGCCGGCCUGGAUCCGGUUAAGGAAGAGGAGGAGGAGGAGGAAGACGAUGAGGAUGCCGAUCGGGAUUACGACGGAGGGGGGAACAACGCGGUCAGCGAUGAUUCUUCGGACGCCGAGCCGAAAAAAAAGAAACGUGGUCGUCCCCGGAAGAAUCACACGACCAAGGACAAGGAGUUGAUCAAAGGCCAAAAGAAGGAUUGCCGCAAGGUGCAAUGUCAGCAGUGCGGAAAGAUGGUCGUUUCGUAUAACUUGACGCAACACCUGCUGACCCACAAUCCGGAUCGACCGAAGCACACGUGUCCGUACUGCCCGAAGUCGUGCUACGAACCGCGGCGGUUGAAGCUGCACAUCAAUUCGGCGCACACGCGGGAGAUUCAGUACACGUGCGACCAGUGCGGGAAGACGUACGGCAGGCCGUCGUCGUUGAGGGCUCACUACUUGGCGGAGCACACCGAUAUUAAACGAUACGAAUGCAAGGAAUGUGGUGAAAAGUUUGCCCGUUCCACGAUGCGGAAUCACCAUUACAAGGUAGUUCACAUGACUGGUCGACCGUGGGCUUGCGAGUACUGCGAUAAAACGUUCAAAAUCAAGAGCGACUGGACGAUUCACACUCGCAUCCACACCGGCGAGAAGCCCUUCAAGUGCGAUAUCUGCGGCAAGACGUUCAACAAGAGUUACAACGUGGUUAUUCACAAAAAAUCUCACCGGAACGACGAGAUGAGGGCUGCGGCGGCGGCGGCGGCCGCAGCUGCAGCAGCUUCGGCAACGACUCCUGCGAUGCCGACGGCACCGGUGGUUUUGGAAACGCCGAUACCGCAGUUGUGAGGAGAUAGAACUUUUUAGAUUGAGCAGCUGGUAAUUUAUUGAAUAUUUUUGUUUUAUUAUUUUUAUUUUUAUUCUUUCACAAAUCAUUCAAAAAUCUGAAUAUAUUUCCUUAUUAAAAGUACUUAAAGAUAAGAGCGAAUAAAAAAAAAGUUUGCUUCUAAAUCAUGGAAUUGCUUUGAAGCCCA